UCCGCGUAGAAGUCUGGACUUGAGAAGGCCGCCUGAUAACAGUUUGGAAGUGGUUUCAGCAGAGAAAUUUGACGGAAAAAUACACAUUUUCUCUACUUUGAAUUCACCAAUCAAGCUUUCAGUUUUGAUUAAUAGACAAUUUAAUAAUCAUUUCUAGCUAUGAAGAAUACGUAAUAAAUCUGCACGCGCGUUUUGAGAAGCUUUUUCAUCCGCUUGUUGGUCUGAGAAUUCGAUAACGUUAGUGCUAGCGCUACCUUUGCAAGCUAGCUAGCUAGCAAGCCUCCAGUGAACUGAUUUUGAUCCAAGAUGUUUUCUGCAAGUUUCGUUGGAUGUCUCCAAUCGGCAGCUUGAUCAACUGGAGAGUAUCCAAUGGGAAAAUCAAGCAUCGGGUGGGAAUAUCGGGGAUAAGCUUAUAGACUUUUAAGAAGUAGCCGACGUUAGCUGAAAUUCUAUCGAAGGAGCUGGUGGACAGUGCUGCAGCAGCCCUGGUUGGUUCUCCAGCUGGAUUUUAACCUCACCUGUCCGUCCCUCCUUACACAGCCAUGGAAUCGUCUCAAUGCCCCCCUUGUCCUCUGAGAGCCCCGGCUGAGCUGGACCCGCUGUCCCCGCUCCUUCACUGACGCUCGAUGACGAUGCAAUGGCAGCGUGAAUGAGGUUUGGCGUGGCGAGAGCUGAACGAUGCCCAAGGGUGGGGGUUCCAAACUCCCCCAGCUGGAAGACUUCCCCCUCAGCACCGACAUGGUGGAGAAGCAGGGUGGGAAGAAGGAUAAAGUACUGUCAAACAAGACUCCUAAACCCGACCGCAGCGAUGGCGUCAAAGAGAUGAAGGAGAAGGCUCCUAAGAGGAAGCUGCCCUUCACAGUAGGAGCCAAUGGAGACCAGAAAGACUCUGAUUCAGAGAAGCAAGGUCCGGAGAGGAAGCGCAUUAAAAAGGAGCCCACCAACUCCAGGAAGGCCAGCCUGCCGUUUGGGAUGGGCAUGCCAGGGAUCCGGGCCGGGUACCCCCUCUCCGAGCGGCAGCAGGUGGCUCUGCUCAUGCAAAUGACGGCUGAGGAGUCCGUCAACAGUCCAGACACAACACCAAAGCAUCAGUCACAGUCGAGUCUGGGUCAGAAGGGAACGCCAAACUCUGCAUCUAAAACCAAAGACAAAGUGAACAAGCGCAACGAGAGGGGCGAAACGCGACUGCACCGGGCAGCCAUCCGCGGGGAAGCACGCCGCAUCAAGGAGCUCAUCAGCGAGGGAGCCGAUGUGAAUGUAAAAGACUUUGCAGGCUGGACUGCAUUGCAUGAGGCGUGCAACAGGGGCUACUACGAUGUGGCCAAGCAGCUGCUGGCAGCCGGGGCGGAGGUCAACACCAAGGGUCUGGACGACGACACCCCUCUACACGACGCAUCCAACAACGGACACUUCAAGGUGGUGAAGUUGCUUCUAAGGUAUGGAGGGGAUCCUCGUCAAAGUAACCGGAGAGGCGAGACUCCAUUAAAGGUUGCCAACUCCCCAACCAUGCUGAAUCUGCUGCUUGGGAAAGGAACUUACACCUCGAGUGAGGAGAGUUCAUCAGAAUCCUCAGAGGAAGAAGAUGCUCCUUCGUUUGCUCCUUCCAGCUCAGUUGAUGGCAACAACACAGACUCUGAAUUUGAGAAAGGCCUCAAGUUAAAAGGAAAGAACUUGGACCCGCCCAAGUGUGCUGUCACCCCUGUCAAGGACGAGUACGAAUUUGACGAGGAUGAUGAGGAAGAGCGUGUCCCUCCGGUGGAUGACAAACACCUCCUGAAAAAGGAAUUCCGCAAGGACCCCGUUAGCAAGGCCAACAGCUUCAUCUCAAUACCCAAGAUGGAGGUUAAAACCUAUUCCAAAAGCAACUCGCUCACACCAAAGAAGGCUGUCCGGCGUAUUAUCUCGGACAGCAACAGCUCAGAUGAGGAUGAUAGGACGUUGAGUUAUACUACACCAACUCCUCGGCAACCGCCAUCGGCAACUAACUCCAAAGCUCGGGACUCUGCCACCCUGAGCUCCAAGCAGCAAAAAGAAAAGAAUAAAGUGAAAAAGAAAAGGAAGAAGGAGACAAAAAACAGCGUCAGCAAGGAGGUGCGCUUUAACAAAGUCAACGACAAGUUCUGCACCUCGGACUCUGAGUGUGAGGACCUGGAGAGUGAGGAUGAGAAGGGCUCGAUGCAGAGCUUGAACUGUAUAAAGGACUCCUCUGGGAGCCUUAAAGAAUCCUCUGUCUUCAAUGCCUCCUCUUCUUCUCAUGGGGCCUUGAACUCUCAGAAACAGGCACCGUCACUGGCAGAGCAGCACCCAAAGCAGUGGAGGACUGAUGGCUGGAAGACCGUGUCGUCUCCUGUGUGGUCAGACGUUAGUUCCCUCUCAGACUCGGUCAGAACCAGGCUGUCCAGUGAGUCGGACUACUCUUCAGCUGACUCGAGUGUAGAGUCAGUGAAACAGGUGAAGAAGAAAACCCAGGAGAACAGGAAGAAGAAUAACAAUGUGCAUGCGAAUGCACUGGACAAGAAGAACUCUGACUUGUACAAGAACUCCAACACAGAUGGCGCAGUCUCCAAAACUGAUAAAGAUGGCAAGGUGUUGAAGAAACAUAAAGUGAAGCACAAGCACAAAAGUAAAGAGAAGGAAAAGGAGAAGGCUCCUAGUCUUGUGCUCAAUCAAGAUAUGAAUGAGAAGUUUGUUAAAAGCUUUUCUUUUGACUUUGACGAUUCAAGACAAAAGUCCCUCCUUGUGGAAACCGAGUCCCCUGCAGAGAGCAAGGUCAAGAUAUCCAAACAUGACAAAGAUCACUCAAAAAAGGAGGACAGACCUUCAAAAGUCAAAUCCGAAGACAAGGACUGGUCAACUGGAAAAGAGACACAAAGACCUACUAAGGAGGAGAAAGCCAAGAAAACAAAGGAUUCCACCAAGGAUAAGCCCAGCAAGGAAGAGAGGGAGAAGCCAAUAAAAGUUGACAAAGAGCGGAGUCUUAAGGAGAAGGAGAAACCCAAAGAGGAGAAACAGAAAGCCCACAAAGAGGAGAAGAAGAAGAAGUCCAAGGAGAAGUCCUCAAAGGUGGACAGAAAGGGUGAGCAAAAAGAAGAAAAACACCUGAAAGUGGAUAAAGAGAAGAACACCAACCGGGAAGAAAAGGAGAAAUCCAAGAAGGAGAAAGCACCAAAGGAGGAGCCUGACUACCAAGGCUAUGAUGUCAACAAUCGUUUCCUCAACCUUGAAGACACCAAGCAAAGUGCCUCCGACGACCACCACGACCGAUGGGCUUCAGACCUCUCCUCUGACUCCUCCCUCUACGAAGAUGACAGUUGGGACGCUCCAGUGAAGGAGUACAAGGAGUAUAAAGCAAACAAUGCCGUCAAGCUGAUAGUGGAGACUGUCAGAGAAGAAAGCAGGGACAAGAGGAAGGAGAACAAAGUCAAAGACAAGAAGUCAGAACACAACGACAAACGAACAGAAAAAGAGGUCAUCUCCAAGAAGAAAGAGAAAGACUCAUUAGAAAAAAAUAGUGAAAAGAAAAAGGACUGGGCGGAAAAGCAGAAACUUAACUCCGGUCACUCUUUGGAGAAAGAGAAAAAGCGGAAGGAGUCUGCUGAUAGUGUCAAAGAAAAAAAAGAGAAAGACCCAAUGGACAGCUGCAGAGACCGCAAAGACUCUUAUGAGUUCACUAAAGACAGAAAAGACUCCAAAAUUAAACAGGAGUCAAUACGAGACGAGUAUGGGAAUGAUGCGUUCUUCAAGGACAGUGAAGCUGUUGGCAAACCAUCUGAAAUCCGAGAAAGGAACCACUCUGGAAAAGAAAAGGAGAGGAAAGGAGACGGCGUGGAAAAAAGGGAGAAGUCAAAAGCUGAAAAACAUAAGGAGAAGCCAAAAGACAGAGUAGACCAAGAGGAGAAGAAGCUUGAGAAGAGCUUGACAGACAAAGCUGUGAAGGAGAAGGACCCAGACCGAGGCUCUAAGGAGAAGAAGGACGGGGCUAAAGACAAACAUAAAGACUCUCACAGCAAAGAGAAAGACAGGAAGAUGCCUUCAGAGCAGACAAAGGACAAGAAAGAGAAACCCUCCCAAGAAAAACACACAGAAAGGGAGAAGGACUUCUUUGAGGUAAAAAAGGAGGAGAGAAAGCCAGAGAAGGUUCGCGAAAAAACUUGGUAUAAGAUCGCUGACAUCUUUACGGACGAGAGUGAGGAUGAGGAGGAUAACUACAAUGGGGGUGUAGCCAAGCUAAGUGACUCGCUAGGGCUCUCUGACUCUCAUAGGAAAGACUCCACACCUGACAGAGAUGACUUGGAUCACUUUGCAACAGAAAAACCUAGAAAAUACUCAGUGGAGGUAAAACACACGGCAGAGAAGCAGAAAGAAAAAGACCACAAAGAGAAGAAGAAAGAAAAGGCCGCAUUCGACGUGGGGAAAGAUCGAAAGGGCUCCCUGGAGAAACACAACAAAGACAAGAAAGAAAAAGAUGUUGACAUAAAACACAAGGAGCGUAAAGACAGGAUGUCAGUAGAUUCAAACCAGGAGAAGAAAAACAAGCAGAAACUUCUGGACAAGAGAGAAGCCGUGGAGGAGAAGAUCAAGAGCAAAUAUAAAGACAAGCAAGACCACCUAAAGGACAGGAAGCCCUCCAAGGGCAGUGGGGAGAACGAGAAGUCCCUGCUGGAGAAACUGGAAGAGGAGGCCAUGAAUGACUACAAAGACGACUCCAACGACAAGAACAGCGAGCUGUCCUCAGACAGCUUCACGGAUCGGGGCCACGAGCCUGUCCUCAGCAGCUACUAUGACUCCUCCAACAUCAGCUUGCCAGACAUCACAGAGGAGAGGAGGGACUCUCUGUCCAUCACAACCCCCCAGGACAAGUUCAGGGAGAAGGAGAGACAUCGGCACUCCUCUUCCUCAUCCUCCAAAAAGAGCCACGACAAGGAGAAGGAGAAGGUCAAGAAAGGCGACAAGAGAGACAAGACGGAAGAGAUCCGAGAGUCUUAUUGCCGUAGAGAGAGUCUUCCCUUCGAAAAGGAAACGAUGCCUCUCGAGGCUGACCCAUACACGUUUCCCUACGGGUCUAAGGGGGAUGGAGAGGACGAUUUUGAAAAGACGUUGGAGUUUGAAAAGGAGAUGUCUAAAAAGGCUGACAAGGACAAAGCCAGCAGUGUCAUCAGUGACAAAAUCAAGGACAAAAAGAAGAAGGAAAAACACAAGGAAAAGAUCAAGGAGGACAAACAUAAGUACGUAGACAAUUGUGGAUCCUUCAAGCACUCCAAGGAGGACAUUAAGUCUGGACUGAAAGAGAGCCCUCAAAUCACCAAUCUUAAAGAGAGGUCCAAAGAAGACAGUCCUAAAUUUGAAGCAAAGAAGGAAAGGAAUAGAGAGACCCUUGACAAAGACGGCAGGACAGAUCACAUCAAGUCGAAGGUUAAAGAGGAGAACGAGAAACUCGGUGUGUCCAAAGACACCACUCGGAAAGACAACCGUCCUCGUGAGAAACUGCUGGUUGACGGUGACCUCAGACUUACAAGUUUUGGGCAGAUGUUGAGUUUGAAAGACCAGGAGAUCGAGGAGCGCCAUAAGAGACAUAAAGAGAGGAUGAAGCAGAUGGAGAAACUGCGACAUCGAUCAGGAGAUCCCAAACUCAAAGACAAAACCAAGUCCACAGAGGAGCUGAGGAAAAGCCGCAGUGAGCUGUCAACUAAGAAAUCAAACAGUUUAGAGUCUGCCUUGAAGGAGAAGAAGCUAAAGGACGUGGGUCUCCCAGCCCAGAUGAUGUCCCCUGAGAGGAAGUCCCAGCCCAUGGAUGGUCAGAACUCCAAGGACUGGCUAGCUGGUCAUCAGAUGAAAGAGAACUUGCCUGCCUCUCCCAGACCAGACCAAAACAGGCCCACUGGUGUUCCCACCCCCACAUCUGUCAUCUCUUGUCCCAGCUAUGAGGAGGUGAUGCAGACCCCAAGGACCCCUUCCUGCAGUGCAGAGGACUACCCUGACAUCAUGUUUGAUGGCCUGGACUGUCAAAACUCCUCUGCCAUGACCAUGUCAAUGAAUGCCUGCUCCCCAUCCUUUUUUGACCGGUAUUCCAACUCUUCUCACAGCUUUCAAGAGGGCACGUGUCUGACUCCCGCUAAGAACCUCCAGCUUCCUCUGGUGAGCCGCUCUGGCUCCUCUGAGGUCCGCAGGCCCCUGGAGGACGAGUUUAAGGCUGAAGCUGACAAGUUCCUCCGACAGCAGAGCAUGCCUGCCGACUCCGACUUCGAGCUGUCAGUCUCCCACCCUGCAGAGGACAAGCCGGUGUCCAUUGAGAGACUGGACUGCCUGUCUUCUCCGUACUUCUCUCCCAUGAGGAUGCUGUCCCCUCGGGUGGAACCUGCUCAACCAGCACCAGACGGCGCCAGCUCCAGCUUGGUGUGCCCAGAGGGCAACGAUCCAGAGAAUGUCUACACCAACUUCCUCCUCAAUCCAUCCACUCCUGCCCACAGACCCGACCCCCAGGAGCCAUGCCUGGACAUCGCAGCUCCACCCACCCCAGCCCCGGCAGCGCUGCCCCCUCUGGACAUAGAUGACCUCCCAGAGCCUCACCACAGUGAACCCAGCUUAGUGCCCUCAGACCCAGUCAGUGGUUCUGACUACCUUCCUCCUGUCACUGAGGAGCGAGAUGAGGAAGAUGAGGAAGAAGAGGAGGAAGAGGAGGAGGAGGACGACGACAUGAUGUCAGAGGAGGAAGGGGAGGAGGAAGAGGGUGACGUGGAGGAGAGAGCGGAGCGUGCGGCUGAAGAGGCGGAGCAGCGGAGGCAGGAGGAGGAGUGCUCCUCCUUCUCUCCGAGGGCUGAGGAGCCUCUGCAGAAGAGCUGGGCCGAAUCUCCAGACAGACGGGCCACAGAGGCGCACCAGCUCAGCCCCUCGCACCCGCACCCAGCCACCAUUGGGGAAAAUUCCUGCGACCACAACCUGGCCUGGAACUCCGACAUGCUCCCCAAGUCUCCCCAGAGGAACUAUGGUGAGAUCGAGGUGGCCGUCUCCAAAAUCACCAGCCCCUUUUCCAACUCAGACAGUGAGAUACACCACAUCCCAAGCCACACUUCCGUCACCCCUCCCUACGCCUCCUACUCAAGGACCUAUGUCCCAGAGUCUGACUUUGAGGAGCAGAAAGAUGCGGUGGAAGACAUUCCUUCCCCAGAGAGACCUGAGACCACUUCCCUGGAUGCACAGGUUAACUACAUGAACACCUCCUCCUCCUCUACAAGGUUAGAAGCCUUCUUCACAGACUGUAAGCCUUUAGAGGACAGCCAUCAGAUAGCACCAGAAACUCCCUGUAUAAGAGAGAUCAGUCCAGACAGCAGACAGAGUGCCCAUGGCUUCACCACAGAGAGCCAUCUGGUCACAGCAGGGGGCCACGAGCCAGUGGUGCCCUGGGCUGAUCCAUUUGCCGCCACUGUGGACGAGUUGGACGAUCUGGGACCCUUUUCCCUCCCAGACCUGCCCUUGCCAGACAAGGAAAUGCAAGAGCCCGACGCCCGAAACCCAGAGUCUGCCGACCUCAAGGCCCUGUCUGGCCACCUCCGACCCUGUCUGACUGAGAGGCAAGAGGAACCGGAGUUCAUGGAUGUAGACCUUCCCAGCCUGGCCAAGGCCCCCUGCCCUGCUGUGGGUCUAACCCUCAGCGAGGCAGAGCCGGAUCUGGUGGUGCCCUCGCCUCAGCCUCCCUACCAGGCAGAGCUGGACGCAGAGCCCCAGAGUGUGGCGGUCAGCUCCUCCCUGAAGCAGCAGGGAGUCCUGGAGGCCAGAGGGCAGUACGAGGGACCUGCUCAGACUGAUGGAACCCUGCUGUUCCCUUCUGUGGAGCCAGACAGCUGUCAGCCCCACAGACACCUGACCGACUCCCAGUCACUGCCCAUGGUCCCAGGGAUGGAGCCCCUGUUUACCGACAAGACAGAUCAGGGUGGGCAGAUAGCCGAGCCUUCUCUCGGGUCCUCUUCCAGCCCGCUGCCCUCUGUCCCAGUCGCGGUGACGAUUUCCAGCACGGUUCAGGUGUCGGAGGCUCUGGAGACCACGUCGAAGUUGACUGUUACUUUGACUUCGCUACAGACGGACGUAGCGCCCAAGAAGGUGGAGGAGGUACCUCAGAGGAUGACCCGCAACCGUGCCCAGAUGCUGGCCAAUCAGAACAAGAACGUGCCCACCGCCGCCGCCACCACCCUCGCUUGCGUGAUGACAUCUUCGGCCUCUACUCCAGUCAGUACGGUGCCGAACACCGCAACUGUGACCUCUGUUACCACCCCUAGCACUACAGCCUCCACCACCACCCCCACCGUGGUCUCUGCUGUGGUUGUGCCUCUGGAGAAGGAGGAGAAGAAUGAGGUGGUCGGCGUGAGCGUCCCUGUCUCUGCUUCCGCCGCCCCGGCUGUGCUCAGCAAGGUGAAAGGUCGCGUCCUGGAGGAGGAGGAGUCCCAGACGCAGCACCCACGCAAGAGGAAGUUCCCCCGGUCUGGCCAGCAGCAGGUCCAGGUGCAGCUGGUCAACACCGCCAUGCAGCAGACCCGGGAGAUGAUCCAGCAGACGCUGGCCGUCAUUGUCAACGCCAUCAAGCUGGACGACAUCGAGCCCUACCACAGCGACCGCUCCAACCCAUACUUUGAGUACUUGCAGAUCCGCAAGAAGAUCGAGGAAAAGAGGAAGAUCCUGUGCUACAUCACGCCCCAGGCCCCCCAGUGCUACGCAGAGUAUGUCACCUACACGGGGUCCUACCUGCUGGAUGGCAAGCCCCUCAGCAAGCUGCACAUCCCUGUGAUCGCUCCUCCUCCAUCCCUCACGGAGCCCUUGAAGGAGCUCUUCAGACAGCAGGAGGCUGUGAGAGGCAAGCUGAGACUGCAGCACAGCAUUGAGAGGGAGAAGCUGAUUGUGUCAUGUGAGCAGGAAGUGCUUCGGGUUCACUGUCGAGCAGCCAGGACGAUAGCCAAUCAGGCCGUGCCAUUCAGCGCCUGCACCAUGCUGCUGGACUCUGAGGUGUACAACAUGCCCUCCGAGAGCCAGGGGGAUGAGAACAAGUCUGUGAGAGAUCGCUUCAACGCUCGCCAGUUCAUUUCUUGGAUCCAGGAUGUAGAUGACAAGUAUGACCGCAUGAAGACAUGUCUGUUGAUGCGACAACAGCAUGAGGCAGCCGCCCUCAACGCGGUCCAGAGGAUGGAGUGGCAGUUGAAGGUGCAGGAACUGGAUCCUGCAGGUCACAAGUCCCUCUGUGUCAACGAGGUGCCCUCCUUCUACGUCCCCAUGGUGGACGUCAACGACGACUUUGUCCUGCUUCCCGCGUGACACGCACAUGUACGCCGAGUCACGGCUUGUCAUCCUCCACCACUUCUUCUCAAAGAGACAUUUUACAGAUCGAACGGAAAGGGCUAGCCAGUUUGAAGAGGACUAUAAAACCUAUAUAUUAUAUAGAAAAAAACUGUAAAAGACAAAAAAACUUGCUGAUGAUUCCCUUCCGUGAGAGGAGUCUUUUUACUGGGGAAAGAGGAGAAAAAGAAAAAAAACACAACUUGCACUUUCAUCCUUCGAGUUUCUAUGCUUUUGUUUGAUCGUAUGAAAAGCAAAAACGUCUUUGCUUUGAGGCUUGGUCGGCAGGCCUCUGCCCCAGUCUCUGGUCCAUGGCGAAGCAGUGGAGAAUAGAGAUCUAUUUUCUGUUAGUUGAUAAUCCUCCACAAAGCUGAGACCUCCCACUUACUUGGAUCACUUACCAGAGGAGGAGCCUCCCAGUGACCAAAACAAAAGCGUGGUCUGGAGAGUGUGUCUGCGUUAGAGAUGCAUCGUGGGAUCUCCCACCUGUGUCCUGAAGGGGGCUGGAAAGAGUCCGUGGAUAAACGCAGUCUUUCUGCUCAGGACGAUAAGGCCACACUCAGAGCCAGAGAGCAGUCCCCCUUCUGUCUAUGCCUGCAGUGCCACUCCACAUCACAUGGUGGCGCUGCACACAUUCAGCGGCGUAUCAAAGGGGUCAGUAGUGUGUGUGUGUGUGGGUGUGUCAGCUCUCUGUCGGAGGGGAAGAGACUGGACUUUAAGCCUCUCUGCCCUGGUGGGCGGAGGGUACUGAGCUCCGAGGAGAGACUGAAGGGUCCUCGAUGUCAACUGACUUCACCCUCCGAUGCUCCAAUGCACACUCUGACCAGGAAGCAACUGCAACAGGAAACACAAACACAGGACAGGACAAAACAGAAUAACAUGAAUGUUGCGAAUCAAACGUUUCAAGACGUUAGAAAUGGUGGUUUAGAGGAGUAAAUAUUCUUCUGUCUUUUUCUUUACUUGGGCAUUUCAUUGUUUCUGAGGAAGUGACUUGAAACACUACAGAGCCAAUAUUAGUUUAAUGGAAAAAAAUCUGAAAAAAACACAUAAAAAAAAUUGUAUUCCGUAAAUUAUGUACAGUUUUUAUAUUCGUUAACCAAUGUAUUCUCGCUGCCUUCUAGAUAAUUUAUUUUGCCACACAUUACUGCACAGUUGUAAAUAACUUAUGUACUGUAACAUCACUCAGUUAAGUGUAAAAAAAAGAUUAAAUGAAUAAAAAGUAUCUUUGUAUGUACAGUUCACUUUCAGGCAGCACUUUCCCCCUCAUAUACCCAUGGGCCAAAAUGUGUAUGCUGUCAGUAUUUAGAUGCCAGUGCACAGUCCUCAUGUUCCCACCUGCAGACGAUGUCCCGGGAUGGGCCAGUGUAGGCUCCUUGUUUGGGUUACUAUCACCACAACACACACAACUAGCUGGUAGAUCACCCCUUUCUAACUGAACAGAACCCAACCUAGACUCAUCAGCCAGUCCUCACAUGUAGCAGAAAGAUUAUGGAUUUAUUUAAAGAGAAGAAACAGGUAUACUAAUCAUUGCUUUACUACACAAUUAUAUCUGAAAAUCGAAAACCAAGAAAUGCCUUUUCCCAGGAAAUAUUUUAGUUUACGCAAUGUUUGGCAAGUCAAACUCUGAUUAGAAGGAGAGAGAAAGAGAGAUAAAUGUCACAAACAAGUCAAUCACAUAUAUAUAACUCAAUUUUCAGACGCUAUUAUUUCUCUGUCUGUGUUUCUUUUCAUCUACAUGAGCUUUACAGUUAUGUGUAGUACUCACUAUCUGAAACCCAUAACGCUAGGACCUUGUCUCAUCUUCCAAAAGAGUUUGUCUUUACAACCUGACAGGCAAGCCGAAGUCACUUGUGUGAUUGCAUGUCCAGGUUAUUUAUCUGAUGUGAAAUGUGUAAACAUGCACUCAGACACUUAGACAAGAAACAUUCAUAGAGCCUCCAUUUCCAGGUGAUGUUUAUACAUUAUUCCAGCCACAGGCUGCGUUCCACAUUUAAAAAUCUCCUCCUGUGUUGAUUUGAAAGAAUUUUGACAUAUAACCAACCUGGUCACCUUUUUUUUAAAAAUUAUUGGACUUGGCAGUUGCGGCUCAUUUGAAAGUCCUGAAGUAAAGUAAUCUCUUCCAACAAUAUUUUAAUUUGCUUUUUAAUUCUCUUAUUUCUUUUUUAGAGUUGGUAGUAUUCAAGUAUCCCCUGACCGAUCAUGAUUGAUCCAUCCCUAUUAACUACAGUAAUGACACAAAAGGCAGUGCUCCACAUCUUCAUUCAAAUGGUGUUAGUCAAGUGGUUUGUCAGGACUUCCCGGCUGGUUUGAUUCUGUUCCUCAGUUUUACCUACUUGUCCCAUGUUUUGCAGUGUGAUGGUGUUUACCAAUUGCAGUGACUGGCAGCAGUUCAACAAAAUAGUUUUCCACGCCAAAAAGCAUAGACAGAAUUGAUUUAGCUGAACUAGCACACAAAAAAGGAAGUUAAAAUGUUAGUGUGAUGGUGAAGAUGUGUUUGUUGUCUUUUUAUCCUGUUGGUAGAUUGAUUUGUGAUUAGUAGAUUUAUUUUAUUUCGCCCAGUGGGUCCUAAUUUUGAACCGUCUCUGACCUACCAUAGCUGGCCCCCACAUCUGCCUGUGUGUGAUAGAGUUGUUUUCUCCUAAUAGGAAUAUUCAGUUAAACAAUUUAGUCACAAAUGUUAUUUACUCAAUGAGAACAUAGCUGUGGAUGAUGGCAUGACUAGUCAAGUUUAGCAGUUGUCUGUUCCACUACACAAGAUAAUUGGCUAGAUAAAUAGUUAUACAUUUACUCCUACAAAUCAUGAAAAGAUACACACCAAAUAUUUAUAGCACAGUCAUGGUUAGGUAUACACCAGAAGUUUAGAUUCAAGUCCAAUGUUUUGAUUUUUUUAUUAGUUUGGAAGUGGGUGAUUUUGUCAACAGAAUCCUUGUGUGUGUUUAGAUCAGUGUAUGUAGUGUUGCUCUUUUGUCUGUUAUGUUUAUUUCUUGUUUGAGGCUAAGCACCAGUGGCAUGUCAAUCACGUUGCUUAGGAACAGAAUGUAAACCGUUACUUUGGCCACAGCCUCAAGUUCUUGGUUUAUUGUUUACAAUAACGCAUCAAGUUUGUUUGGGUUUCAUGUGCACCUCUCACCUUCAGUGGUCGGAGCCCUGCCUUUACUGUUUGAUUUCUUUAUUUUAUCAUUUAUUUGAACCAUAAAGGCUUGAAAUGGUGAUGGUUAGUUUUAACAGUAAACAGACACGUAGGCAUACCAGCCUGCUGCACACCACUCAAAGCAAUAGUUACAAACAUCAAUAUUGGGAUUUAACAUACCUUUGACCCAAGGGUUAACUGACACACACACUCUGUUCCUCUCAUAUACGUCCAGUUACUCUCUCCUA